CUCGUGCCGCACCUCGAGUCGUCGCGGUCGCUCCACUUUGACCCGAUCGAGCGCGACCUCGCGCCGUUCGCCAUCGUGCGCGUCGGGCGCUUCACCGACCGCUCGCAGCAGCACGGCGGCGCCGGCGGCGCGACGGGCGCCAACGCGCAGCGCGGCACGGCGACCGAGCCUGCGCGCGUCGCGUUCAAGAGCAAGGUCGUCUCGCGCGGCCACGCCGAGGUGUGGGUUGACGACGCGGGCAAGUUCUUCAUCCGCGACACCAAGUCGUCGUCGGGCACGUUCCUGAACCACAUUCGCCUCUCGUCGCCCAACGUCGAGAGCCGCCCGUUCGCGCUCAAGGACGGCGACGUGCUCCAGCUCGGCGUCGACUACCAGGGCGGCACCGAGGAGAUCUACCGCUGCGUCAAGAUGCGAGUCGAGCUCAACCGUGGGUGGCAGCGGGGCGCCAACAGCUUCAACGCGACCAGCGCCGCCGCCGAGGCUGCCGCCGCCGCCGCGUCCAUCACCGACUGCUGCAUCUGCCUCUACCCCGUGACGGUCUGCCAGGCGCUCUUUAUCGCGCCGUGCUCGCACGUCACCCACUUCAAGUGCAUCCGGCCCCUCGUCGAGCAAAACUACCCGGGCUUCUCGUGCCCGCUGUGCCGCACGUACGCCAACCUCGAGGCCGACGUCGAGAUCGAC